AUGGAGAAAAAGCUUUAUUGCAUUUUGCAGUAUGCAUUCCUAAUUACCAUAAUUACCUUCCAAAUGCUUUCUUCUGAAGCCAAAGCCAAACAACCUCUGAGCCUUGCAACUGAUCAAACAGCCCUUCUUUCACUCAAACAUACAUCUCUUUUACUUGCAACUAAUUGGACCAACUCCACCUCCGUCUGCACCUGGAUUGGCGUCACUUGCAGCUUACGCCACCACAGAGUAGCUGCCUUGAAUCUCUCCAACAUGGCUCUCUCCGGCACCAUUCCACCACAGCUCGGACGCCUCUCCUUCCUCGUCUCCCUCGACCUCACCAACAACCUUUUCCAUGGAGAUUUGCCUCAAGAGCUGUCUCUCCUUCGCCGUUUGAAGUUAAUAUCUUUCCGACUCAACAACUUCACUGGAGACAUCCCUCCGAUGUUGGGUCAGUUACCAAAAUUAGAGUACUUGAAUUUACGCAACAACAGCUUCAUAGGUUCCAUCCCAAAGUCCCUCUCAAACCUCACAAACCUACAAUUUCUUGACUUAACUUACAAUUCUCUAAGUGGAGAAAUUCCAAAAGAGUUUGGGAGACUUCAAAGUCUACAAACUCUGUAUGCUCAAUUCAAUCAUCUCUCCGGUGCUAUACCAUCAGCCAUAUUCAACAUAUCGACCCUUGUAUCUAUGGCCUUCACAUACAAUGAAUUGAGUGGAAAUCUUCCAACAGACAUUUGCAGUAAUCUUCCAUCUCUUACUGCGAUUUAUCUUUCUUAUAAUCAGCUGAGUGGCGCGAUUCCCACAAAUCUAUCCCAAUGUUCAGGGCUUGAGGUCAUGUUGAGCCUCUCUUACAACUCUUUUAGUGGGGAGAUACCUUCAGAAAUCGGCUACUUAACAUCUCUUCGGGAGUUAUAUGUUGGUGGUAACAAUUUGAAUGGUAUGGUUCAAGUUCUUAUCACAUAA